CCCCGCCUCCGUCCACGUCCCAAGCUUCCGGAAGUCAGUUUGAGCCAAACAUCCGGGUUUCUCCUUUUUGCAUUCCGGCUGGUCCCAUCUCUCCUUGUUGCCCGUGGACGUCUCCGUCUCUCAGGCUCACGUCUCGCCCAAUUCACCGCGCGCGGGAUAGCGCGGGCUUCAGCGACGGGAGCCCUCGAGGGACAUGGCAGCUACGGCGGCGCCGGCGGGCGGCGCCCGAAACGGGGCUGGCCCGGAAUGGGGAGGAUUCGAAGAAAACAUCCAGGGUGGGGGCUCAGCUGUGAUUGACAUGGAGAACAUGGAUGAUACCUCUGGCUCCAGCUUUGAGGAUAUGGGUGAGCUACAUCAGCGCCUUCGUGAGGAAGAAGUAGACGCUGAUGCAGCUGCUGCUGAAGAAGAGGAUGGAGAGUUCCUGGGCAUGAAGGGCUUUAAGGGACAGCUGAGCCGGCAGGUGGCUGAUCAGAUGUGGCAGGCAGGGAAGAGACAAGCCUCCAGGGCCUUCAGCUUGUACGCCAACAUUGACAUCCUGAGACCCUACUUUGAUGUGGAGCCCGCCCAGGUGCGAAGCAGGCUCCUGGAGUCCAUGAUCCCUAUCAAGAUGGUCAACUUCCCACAGAAAAUUGCAGGUGAACUCUACGGACCUCUCAUGUUGGUCUUCACGCUGGUAGCCAUCCUCCUCCACGGGAUGAAGACAUCUGACACCAUUAUUCGGGAGGGCACCCUGAUGGGCACAGCCAUUGGCACCUGCUUUGGCUACUGGCUGGGCGUCUCGUCCUUCAUUUACUUCCUCGCCUACCUGUGCAACGCCCAGAUCACCAUGCUCCAGAUGCUGGCACUGCUGGGCUAUGGCCUCUUUGGGCACUGUAUUGUCCUAUUCAUCACCUAUAACAUCCACCUCCAUGCCCUCUUCUACCUCUUCUGGCUGCUGGUGGGUGGGCUGUCCACCCUGCGCAUGGUGGCAGUGUUGGUGUCACGGACCGUGGGCCCCACACAGCGGCUGCUCCUUUGUGGCACCCUGGCUGCCCUGCACAUGCUCUUCCUGCUCUAUCUGCAUUUUGCCUACCACAAGGUGGUGGAGGGGAUCCUGGACACGCUGGAGGGCCCCAACAUCCCGCCCAUGCAGAGAGUCCCCAGAGACAUCCCUGCUGUGCUCCCUGCUGCUAGGCUUCCUGCUGCCAUGCUCAACGCCACAGCCAAGGCUGUCAUGGUGACCCUGCAGUCACACUGACCCCACCUGAAAUCCUUGGCCGGUCCCUUCUCCCUCAGCUGUGGAGCGGAGGAAGAUUAAAGGACAGUACUGAUGACGUGUCUCUUUGAUGGGGUCUCCAGCUGCCACAGAGCUGUAGCUGCUUAAGCACCUCCUUGCCGCCUGCCAGGGCCUGUGAAGGGCAUGAGGCUGGGAACUCCUGGCCAGGACUGCAGGCUCUGCAGCCAGUGCAGAAAGUGGGUCAGCUCCUCUGAGGCCCCUCACCACCUACCCCUUCUUCCUCUUUCUCUCUCCCACAUUGUCUUGCUAAAUAUAGACUUGGUAAUUAAAAUAUUGAUUGAAGUCUGGAACUG